GCAGGGGAGUUGAAACUCGAUCAUCUUUGAGGUCAUUUUCAACCCAGGCCAUUCUAUGAUUCAGGGCUGCCCUUGCAGGACCUCAGUUGGACCACGUAGGCUAUGCGUGGGGGUGAUGCUUGUAGGUGCUGGUGACAGCCUGCACUGAUUCUGAGGUUUGUUUUUCAUUGUAAUGAAUCACCAAAAUGUUUGAAACACACCUCUGACCCGCCGAGCUCAGUUACAGCAACAGUUAGCACCUACACUUCAUAAAUGCUGGCAGUGUCCUCGCCAGCUGCCGGCUUAACAAGGCCCCUGAUUGUGUGGGACAUGCCAUAACACUGCAAUGUGAUAUCUGAUCCCUAAGUUGAACAGACUGAGCUCUAUAAAAACCUCCACUGCUAUAAGAAAUGCGAAGUUCUGAGCAGAGCAGCCUCGGGGCUGCGAGGAGCUCGGUGCUUGGAGGCAGAGGUCCAGAGGGAAUUCCGGGGCCCCACCGCGGCGAUAGAGCCGCUCACCGCCGCCGCGCUGCUCCAGCGAUGCUGUGCCGAACGGCUCCUCCAGCGCCGGCCAUGGCUCUGCAGCGGAUCUCCCUCCUCUCCCUGGUGCUGGCGUGGGGCUGCGUGGCCUCCUCCUCCCCCCGGCACACAGCAGUCGCUCCUCCCCGAGACCUUCAGAUCACCGAUCCCGGGCUUUUGGGUCCUCUCGAUAUAGAGUGGAAACCUCCACCCGACGUACAAACCUUCAAUAAGUGCACGGUGAAAUACAAGUGCGAGUACCGCAACGCUGGCGACAGGGACUGGGAGGUUAUUUUUACUAGGAAACUAAAACUCAGAGUUGGAUUUGACCUCAGCAGGACUGCUGAAGUGAAGGUCCAGACCCUGCUCAAAGGAUGGUGUACCGAUGAUGUGGAGGUUCAGAGCGAAUGGGUUUAUGCCACCUUUCAGGUCCCACUGCAAGGGAAACUGGAAUCUAAGGUUCAGAAUUUUCACUGCGUCUAUCAUGACUGGGAAUACCUCAAGUGCACAUGGCAACCAGGUCUCCUCGCUCCUCGUGGUGUAAAUUAUGGACUAUACUAUUGGUAUCAGGGUCUGGAGCACACGGUGCAGUGCAACGACUACAUCCAGGAUCACGGUGUAAACAUCGGCUGCAUGCUGCAAAACCUGAGCCAGGCAGAAUACAAAGAUCUGAGCAUCUGUGUCAACGGGUCGGUGGCAGCCACCUCACUGAGACCACUGUAUGCCACCCUGCGCCUUCACAACCUGGCCAAGCCCUCGCCCCCCCAGCAGCUGGUGGUCUCCAUGUCUGCGGCCGAGGAGCUCCGCGUGGCGUGGAGCCCGCCCGGCGGCCAAACACCGCCCCAGUGCCUGGAGUACGAGGUGCAGCUGGCGGAGGAGCAGGGAGAAGCCAAGGCUGCCUGGGCGUCUGUGUCCACACAAGUGGAGACCGCUUUCGCCAUCUCCAGAGCAAACCAGAGCCGCGUUUCUUGUGUCCGCGUCAGAGGGAGAACAAACAAUUUCUGUGCUGAUGAGGGCUUCUGGAGCGAAUGGACGCAGGAGUGUUUCUCUGUAUCCAGAAAAGAAGUCGAGCAGCUAUUUAUCCUCCUUCCAGUCAUUCUGGGGUUGUCAAGUAGCCUCUUAAUAUUUAUGUUGAUUGGCCAGUGCAAGAAAAGGAAACAGCUUUACAAGUGUGACUAUUUCUGCCUCACAACAAGCCAUAAAAGCAGCAAGGACUCAAAUCCCGGUCACGUGAACCCAGACUGCUCCCGUUAAAUGCAGCAAAGUUACUCACAUGUAAAGCAGUGGAAAUAAUACCAUUAUCUUGCCCCAAAGUUUAGAUGCUAGUGAUAAACAUGUGGCAAGUAAAUGCUUCCUGCAUUGGCACCGUGACGUGGCAAUGUGUGAUGGGGAUGCCACCAUGCACCUCGGUGCUGGCAGUGACCUUCUGUUCCCAUUGCAGAUCCCCAGCAGGAAAACCACUGCACACGGUGGGAUGCUAACUGUGCCCGUGACUGCUGUUCUGCUGCUGUGUUUGAUGGGCUGCUCUCACAACAUCAUCCCAAGGACAGCCAAGAAGCCCGGAGCUUUCUAGGCCAGCGUGGGUCUUCCCCGCCACGUGCCAGGCUGGUAGUCACAAUGCAAUCCUCAACGGGCCCAGGAAAACACGGGAGGAGCUGUAAACUGACUGCAGCAAACUGUUUCUAAUAACAAGGCAAAGGGGAAAAAGGAGGCGUGGAAAUUGUGAUGAAUAAAGAUAACGCGUUGCUCUGGGGGUUCUA